AUGCGGAGAUUUGCGUUUGUUUCUGAACAGCCGCAUGUCUCAAGUGAGGAUCUAAUGCGAAAGCAUAGACAUCCGAUAAGCCCAACGGUAUUUUCGCAUGAGUAUGAGAAACUACUUUCCGGCCAGGAACCGAAUUUCUAUUUUCAAGAAGAGACAUGCCCUGCAUGGGAAAAAAAGACGGCCCCAAUCCGUAUAACCCGUGUAAAUGGGCUGGCUGACGACUUCUACAGCAGCCUGCUGGACUGGCAGGGAAGCACCAUAGCCUUUGCCCUAGACGAAAGAAUUUUUGUUCAGAACUUCCUAACAGGCAAAACAUGCCUGCUUGCCAGGCUCAGCAAUGCAUAUAUAACGUCUGUUAAAAUCUCUCCAAACAACAGCACUAUCUGCGUUGGCACGUGCACAGGCGAUAUUGGCAUCAUCGAUAUGAAUGGAAAGGUCCUUGCAAAGCGGCACUUACACAAGUCUCGGAUUGGCGCUAUGGAGUGGAAUGGCAGGCAGGCAGUCACAGGAAGCAGGGACAGAACAAUCAAAACAGUUGACUUUCGGGUACUUGAGGAGACACAAAGCAUAUCCCUGCACACGCAGGAGGUGUGCGGCCUGGCUCAUUCUCCAUCCAAGGACUAUCUUGCAACUGGCGGUAAUGACAAUAAGGUAUUUAUAAUAGACAACAGAACAAGCACGCCAAUACACACGCUCUCUGCACACAAGGCUGCGGUGAAGGCACUUGGCUGGUGUCCGGAUAAGAUGGAUACGCUUGCCACAGGCGGGGGAACAGCUGACAGAACAGUCAAGGUCUGGAAUCUCUCCGGCGCAAAGGAGUGCAUUAUUGACUCAAUUGACUAUGGCUCACAGGUUUGCAACAUUCGCUGGACAAAAAAGAACGAAAUACUUACCACGCACGGAUACACACAGAACGACGUGCGCAUUUUGAACAUGGCAAAAAACAAGCAGACGCAUGUUUUUGAAGGGCACCGCAAUAGAGUCAUCCACUUUGGCAUGAGCUCCGAGGAGGAGUACUUUGCAACAGGAUCUGGAGACGAGACCGUCUGUGUCUGGCGCGCGCGCGAGAAUGACCUGGCAAACUUCCCGGUGAGAUAG